GUCGUGCGUCAUGUGUUGCGGGUGUUGUGGUGUAGAGGGCAGCACCGGCCAGCUGUCUUUCCUUCCCUACACCUCCUCAGAAUAAUGGGGCGUGUGAUUCGUGCGCAGAGGAAGGGUGCGGGCUCUGUCUUCAAGUCCCACACUCAUCACCGUAAGGGAAAACCUGCGCUGCGUCCAGUUGAUUAUGCAGAGCGUCAUGGUUACAUCCGUGGGAUAAUUAAGAAUAUUAUCCAUGACCCUGGUCGUGGUGCACCUAUUGCUGAAGUGCACUUCCGUGAUCCAUACCGAUACAAGACUCGUAAGGAACUUUUCCUUGCUGCUGAAGGCAUGUAUUCUGGGCAGUUCAUCUACUGUGGUAAGAAAGCAAACCUCGAUGUUGGCAAUGUGAUACCAAUUGGUUCCCUGCCAGAAGGUACUGUGGUGUGCAACUUGGAAGAAAAGACUGGAGAUCGUGGCCGUAUUGCCCGUGGCUCUGGUAACUAUGCCCAGGUCAUUGCUCACAACCCAGAGACCAAGAAGACCCGUGUGAAGCUGCCAUCUGGUGCCAAGAAGGUCCUACCCUCUGCGAACCGUGCUAUGAUUGGUAUUGUGGCAGGAGGUGGGCGUAUUGACAAGCCUAUACUGAAGGCUGGUCGUGCCUAUCACAAGUACAGGGUAAAGAGAAACAGCUGGCCUAAGGUGCGUGGUGUGGCCAUGAACCCCGUUGAACAUCCCCAUGGUGGUGGUAACCAUCAACAUAUUGGUAAGGCUUCCACUGUGUCGCGAGGCAAGUGUGCCGGUCGCAAGGUUGGUCUCAUUGCUGCCAGAAGGACCGGUCUCAUCCGUGGUACCAAGAAGGAUCCUAGGCAUGCAGCUUAGACAACUUAUAAAUAAAUGUGUAAAAAAAAAAAACUUGUUUUACUUGUACCGAAGUUGAUUAACUAUGUUUACUGGAUUCUGGUAUACUUACUAAGUUCCCAGGCAUCUACAAAACUGCCCAAGCAGCUGGGGGUUGCAAUAUACUUUUGCAUGGUAAAAAGAUGCCAAAGUAUUGCAACUUUUGGGCUAUAGUGUACAUUGAGGGGCCAAGUGGGAGUUUAAUUAAUAAAUGAAAAUUCGUUCGAUUUCAAACUUGAGUUGUACUGUAUAUGAAAGGGGUUUCUUCUGGGCCAAGUCUGCAUUGUAGCAUGAAUAGGAAGGUAGGAAAAAAUAUUGAAUUGUCAUUUUUCCAAAAUGGUCGAAAACUGUUAUCAAACUAAAGUGUCAACUGAAACAUCAUGUCUAUCACAAUAGCCUAUAUUAACAAAAAUUAUAAUACUUUAAAUUUUU